AUGGAUUACUUGUCUCAAGAGGAAGAUUCACAGUUUUUCGAUGCUAAUGAAGAGAUGAUGAUGGCAUCAAAUCCAAGUGGUUUCCAUUUCGAUAUAUGGAAUGAUUCACCUGCAAGUGUGGUUGAGAGGCGGAGGAAGUUCUUGGAAUGGAUGGGAGUCGAAGAAGAUCGUGUUCAAUCAAAGAAUUCGGUCUCUGUAACUAACGUUUGCAAUGGAGCUCAUGAGAAUUCUGUUGAAGCUGAGCAGAGAUCUGAUGGAUUCAGCAGUUCUUCUAGUCAGGUAUCUUCAUCUGGUUCAUCAAGCGUGGAAGUUUCCGAGGAAUUGUCUCUAAGGGUAGACAAAAAUGUGGGUGGAUGCCAUGUAACGAGAAGGCAAAGCUCUUCAAUGGCAUCAUGUUCUAAUUCUAGAUGUUGCCAAGUGAAGGAAACCGAGAAGCAGAGCAAUAUCGCCGGUCUAAUCACGAGUUUCAAGAAGGGAUGGUUAACGAGGCUGCGGUCUAUGGGAUGUACCGCGGAUACAAAGAUCGAAUCUAGUGGUAGAACUAGAGCUUCUUCUGGUUAUGGUGAUAUGAUUUCAAGGGUUAAGGUUAAGCAUUGUAAGAAACAGUCAAAGGAGCUUUCAGCUCUUUAUCAGAGUCAAGACAUUAAAGCUCACAAUGGUUCCAUCUUGGCUAUGAAAUUUAGCGGCGAUGGGAAGUAUCUUGCAAGCUCUGGUGAAGAUGGGAUUGUGCGUGUGUGGAAAGUCAUGGAGGAUAAGAGAUCUUUAGUACGAAGGGAUUGUCUUAACGAGAUAAACCCUUCGUGUAUGUACUUUGAGGUAAACGAUCUUUCUCAGUUGAAACCGGUUUUGGUGGAUGAGGAGAAACCAAAGAAGACGACAGAAAGUUUCAGGAAAACAUCUGAUUCAGCCUGCGUCGUCUUCCCUCCUAAAGUUUUCCGGAUAAUGGAAAAACCGUUAUAUGAAUUCCGCGGCCACACGGGUGAAGUCUUGGACAUUUCAUGGUCAAAGGAUAAUUAUCUUCUCUCAGCUUCAAUGGAUAAAACUGUCCGGCUAUGGAAAGUCGGUAGCAAUGCUUGUCUCGGAGUUUUCGCGCAUACUAGUUAUGUAACCUCUGUUCAGUUCAACCCUGUUAAUGAGAAUUGCUUCAUGAGUGGUUCAAUUGAUGGAAAAGUUCGAAUCUGGAACAUUUCUGGUUGCAAUGUUGUUGAUUGGGCCGAUCUCAAAGACAUUAUAUCCGCAGUGUGCUAUCGUCCGGAUGGACAGGGAGGAAUUAUCGGUUCUCUGACCGGUAGUUGCAGAUUCUUCAACAUGUCUGGAGAUUAUUUAGAACUGGACUCUCAGAUACAUUUGCAUAACAAGAAGAAGUCUUCGAAUAAACGGAUAACUGGGUUUCAGUUUUUACCACAAGACCCGAGCAAAGUCCUGGUUGUUUCCGCGGAUUCGAAAGUCAGAAUUCUCCAAGGCAACAAUGUGGUCAGAAAACACAAAGGCGUUUGCAAGACGAGAAGCCUCACAUCAGCGUCUCUCACGUCUGAUGGAAAGCACAUUGUUUCAGCUUGUGAGGAUUCCAAUGUAUACAUAUGGAGCAAUGGGGAGGAAUCGGAAUCGGAUUCUUCUUCCCAACCCAAGAAGAUUCGAUCUUUUGAACGUUUCUCCACCAAUGCAUCCGUUGCAACAACCUGGUGUGGAUUCUCAGAUCAUAACACAACGCUCCCGUUUUCUUCUCCUUCUUACUUAUCACUCAACGAAGGGUUUGUCCCCGGAUCAGUUUCCAAAGGAAGCGCGACGUGGCCAGAGGAAAAUCUACCCGCAAACCCUCUGUCUACAUCCGCGAUGAACGCAUCUCAUUACAAGUUUCUCAAAUCCUCUUACCAGAGAGCAACUAGCUCUCUUGCUUGGGGUAUGGUCAUUGUGACAGGCGGUUGGGACGGACGGAUCAGAACAUUUCAGAACUACGGCUUGCCUGUGAUUACUUGA